GACGGGCGAUGGGGCAGGCGCUGUGCGUCUGCUCCCGGGGCACCGUCAGCCUGGGGGGAGCGCGGUACCUCCUGCUCCACCGCCUGGCAGAGGGGGGGUUCAGCUAUGUGGACCUGGUGGAGGGGCUGCGGGAUGGGCGCUUCUAUGCCCUGAAGCGCAUCCUGUGCCACGACAAGGAAGACCGCCAGGCCGCCCUGCACGAGGUGGAGAUGCACGGCCUCUUCGACCACCCCAACAUCCUGCGCCUCGUGGCCCACUGCAUGGUGGAGAAGGGUGCCAAGCACGAAGCCUGGCUUCUCCUGCCCUAUGUGAAGGGGGGAACCCUCUGGAGAGAAGUGGAAGCACUGCGAGAGAAAGGCACCUUCAUGCCAGAGCAGCGGAUCCUCCUCAUCCUCCAUGGGAUCUGCCGUGGGCUGCAAGCCAUCCACAGCAAGGGCUAUGCACACAGGGACCUCAAGCCCACCAAUGUGCUGCUGGAUGAGGAUGACCAGCCGGUGCUGAUGGACCUGGGCUCCAUGAACCAAGCUCGCAUCGAAGUCAGCAGCUCUCAGGAGGCCAUGGCUGUGCAGGACUGGGCUGCCCAGCGCUGCACCAUCUCCUACCGUGCCCCUGAGCUCUUCACAGUGCCGAGCCAGUGCGUCAUAGAUGAGCGUACAGAUAUCUGGGUAAGGAUCCAGCCCUCUGGCCUCCCCCACCCACUGCUGCAGGGCUGCACUGACACCAUCACACUCCAGUCCUUAGGCUGUGUGCUGUACUGCAUGAUGUUUGGAGAGGGCCCCUAUGAUGCCAUCUUCCAGAAGGGUGACAGUGUGGCUCUGGCGGUUCAGAACCCCCUCACAUUGCCCUCCACAACCAGAUACUCAGCUGCCUUGCAGCGCCUGCUCUUCUCCAUGAUGACAGUGAACCCCCAGGAGAGACCCAGCAUAAAUGAAAUCCUCCACCAACUGGAGGGGCUGCAGCCAGCACCAGCAGGACAGGACACCACACAGAUCUAAGCCCAUCCCCUUCCAGUGGUGAGGCGUCCUGAGGCUGAGCCAGGGGAAAAGCAGCUUCCCUAAUCCCUGCUGCCCUGCAGACCUGUUGCAGAGGGGAUUGCUGCCCUGGGGGAGAGCUGCUGCUCUGUGCCAGAGAUGUGUUUGAUUUGGAGUGUUCUGUUCCCUGGAUGCUGCUGCUGGGGCCUUGGUCUGUGCUCCUGAGCUGUGGAUAUGUGAUCUGCUGCUAAACAUGGGUCCCUUGCCAGCUGCUACCUUCCCUGGGGGUGGCAGAAGAGGGUGUUGUGGGACCCCUCCUGGGGAUGGGAGCUGCUGUCCUGCAGCUUUGUGUCCCAGGAAGGCUGCUCCUGCCCAGGGAAGAGCUGCAGGCUGGAUCCUGGUGCUGUGCUGGAGGGAGGCAGAGGGAGUGCCCACUCUGCCACUGCUCUUGGCACCAAUG